AAGCACGUGUCAGUAACUCUAGUCUACACUCGUGUUUUGUUAUACUGAUCAAGCCGCGAGUUGCUAUUGCAACAAAAUUAAUUAAAAAUGAGAAUUGAAAUUUGUUAUUUUUGUUCCUCUCGUAUAUAUCCAGGACAUGGAAUCCAAUUUGUUCGCAAUGAUUGCAAAAUCUUCAGGUUUUGUCGAUCCAAAUGUCAUGCAGCAUUCAAAAAGAAGAAGAAUCCAAGGAAGGUUAAAUGGACUAAAGCUUUCAGGAAAUCAGCGGGUAAAGAGUUGGCUGAAGAUCCAUCACUUAAAUUUGAAGUUAGGAGACAAGUUCCAGUCAAAUACAACAGAGAAUUGUGGAAUAAGACUAUUGAAGCAAUUAAAAAGAUAGAGAAAAUUAAGCAAAAGAGAUCCAACGCACACAUUAUGCAACGCCUCCUUAAGGGUGUUGAAAUUGAACGAGAAAAGGACAUCAAAGAAGUCCAAAGAGACAUGUCUCUUAUUCGUUCACCUGCUGCUGGACUUAAAGAAAGAAAGAAAUUGGAAGAAGAGAUGGAAAACAUGGAAGAUGAUUCAUCUAUUGCUAUGCGUAAGCAGAAAAAGACAGCUUCAGAUGAAGAUGUGGAAAUGAUGGAAGAAGAUCAAGAUAUGGAAGAGCAUGAACAGCUAGAAAUUGAAGUGAACUAAUUUUACUUAAACUUAAUUUCCAUAGAAAAAUAGGUUAUUAAAAUUUAUUAGUAUUUU